AUGAAAGAAUUUAUGGGCAACAAGUUAUGGUCACAAUUAAAUUGUGGCAGACACGGCCAAGGAAUGCUGAAGGGAUCUGGUCCCUUUAUGAAUCUUUUGAUGGAUGAACGCGUGGGUAUGGCAACCAGUAGGCAGCAGAACAAUGUGGGAAUGAUGGUAAUGGGAGGAAGCAGUACCGCUAUCAUAGAAGCCUUGGCUUGAGCAUAAACAAUGGUUGUGUUCACAAGCAGUAUCAACUGUUUCUGCACGUCCCCCUCCACAGCACCUGUUUUGCUAGGGU